UCGAUGUUCGCUAAUCAAAACGGGCUACGUACGUGCCUUUGAGUCACGGAGAAAGGGCUUCUAAAUAGCCAGAACGAUUUUGCUUCCGGGGAAAGCAACGUUUAAUACUCAUUCGUCCACGAGUAGGUCUCUCCUACAUCACAUUCAUGAUGGAUGGAAACAGACGAUAGUUCAUUUAGUAUUUAAAUGUAAGUAAAUCAUACUUACAAAAGCAAGGGCUGUGGUGUGCCUUGUGUCUUGGCUCAGGUGAUGCGAAAAGCCACGACUAAUCAUUGCCGAGAUCUCAAGACAGCAUCCCACAACUGCGAAACCUAACGCACAACGUGCCUGUGGAAACAGCUUCAGGAACUGUAAUACAUACCUUACCAGUUUUCAACACAUUUGUAGGCAGUCAGCAAUCAAAGGAUAGUGUCUACUGUACAGAGUAGAAAUGGAGGAAGACGAACGAUAUACACCAACUGGCCUUGAAAGAAUGUUGCACAGCAUAAUGCAAGGUGAUAACAGUGCAGGCGCAGCAGACUCCUACAACCUGACAGCCGUAUUGAGCCUAAUACAGCAGCUAUCUCCGGCAGAUCGACAGAUGCUCUUUGAGCAGGCGGGCAUUGAAGGAGAGUAUGAGCUUGAACGGCUUCUGAAUGGUGACAAUAUGUAUGUUAAAGGCUUCGAGGAGCCUGUCAUGCACUAUCAGGAAUACAGAAUUAACAAGCUGCUGUUAUUAUAUGUGCCACCCAUUCUUAUUAUUAUCGGAACAUUUGGUAACUUGUUUUCGUUCGUUGUGUUACGUCGUCGACCGAUGUUAAAAGUUUCUACAUAUUUUUACCUUGCUUCCCUUGCCAUAGCCGAUUCUUUAGUGCUGUACAUCGGGUUGUUGAGGUUGUGGAUAGGGGAACUGACCGGUGUGGAUAUCCAGGUACAGGCCAACUGGUUGUGCAAACUUACAGUUAUUUUGGGCUACGUGUCCAGUGACACUUCAGUAUGGCUCAUCAUGGCUGUCACGGUAGAGCGGUUUAUCGUUGUAUGCUAUCCAUUCAAAGCAACUGAAAUGUGCAACGUUCCCCGCGCACGCUGGGUAAUUUUCAUUUUAAUAUGCCUCAUGUUUGCCAUAAAUUUACACUUUUUAUGGACAGUUGAAUUAAUAGAGACAACAGUAGAUGGAAAGAACAUUGCUAAUUGUGAUGCAGUAGCCAACCACACAGUAUUGGUGGAUGAAGUUUGGCCAUGGGUUGACGGAAUCAUCUACUCAUUCCUGCCAUUUGUUACUAUCCUGGUUUUGAAUAUUCUCAUUAUUCGACAAGUUCUCAAUGCACGAGGCAGUCGUGAGAGGAUGAGGAGCAUGACGGAAAGAAGGAAGCUUGAAGGAGGGAAGAAACAGCCAGGAGAAGGAAGUACCAAACUGACCGUUAUGUUGCUUACGGUAUCCUUCAACUUCCUCAUCACCACGUUACCCAUGAACGUUUCAAUGAUUGUCCUGGCAUUUCGCAACGACAACAAUGAUACACAUGAAACUGUACAAUUCAAUCUUGCAAAGACAGUCACUGAAUUGUUAAUGUACGUCAACCAUUCCAUAAAUUUCUUUCUAUACUGUGCCACAGGACAAAAGUUUCGACAACAAGUACUCGAGUUGAUAUGUCACAAAGAUCCGUCACCGUCAUGGACGUCAGUCACAGAAGACACAAACACAACAUCGUUAGGGAGAAACACACGGGAGCUUUUGUUGAAUCACAAGGUUGAGUGUAGUCCCCUUAACUGUGGUAGGAAAGUCAUGAAGACAAGACUCUGAAUACAUUACUUUUAUGUGCGCGUGAAAUAUAUACUGAAAGCUAAACAUUACUAUUAUUAUCUUUCGUGAUAUAAACCACGAAUGGAUCAUGUACGAAGUCUUUAGUUUGGAGUAUGCAUGCUUCAAGGUGUGUUCUAAAUGAUCAAUACAUAGCAUGUCCUGGCUUGGAAACGUUGUGGUGUAUUCGUAAUGCAUGUUCAAUAAAUCAGUUGUCCUUUCUUCAGGCAAUAAGUAAAUUGUCUUCAUGUAUAUUUGCACUACAUGUUCUUAGAUUAUUAAAGUAGUUGCAUACAUUUGCAAUCAAGUGCGGCCAUCUUGACUAUUUUGAUGUCAUGCCUUGAGCUGUCUGGGAGAUUUCGAAGCACUUGCUCGAAGUGACAUAAACCACUGUGCAUAGAAUUGUCGUCCUGUGAGGUUGGAUCUCUAAAUUCAUAGUUACAGUUGUCAGGUUUUAAACGAAGAAGUUAUAUUACUGCUUAAAAGUACGUGCAUCACGUGCUGUUCACACACGAUGUGAAAUUUCAUUGUGAUUAGAUGUUGCGUUGUGUCAAAAGGACAGCUACAUU